AUGGUUUCAGUUCCAACUGGGUUAGUUUUACUUUGCUAAUAAUGACCAUCAAAAACUUUCACAUUGAAUAUGAUGCCGUCAACAGCAGGAAUACUUUUACAAACGGAGAUACCAUUAACGGAAGGAUCAUCCUGGAAACUGACAAGGAAACAAAAAUCCAAUCGCUUGGUUUUCAAGCAAAAGGGAAAGCUCGAGUUUGCUGGUCUGAAAAUCAUGGAGAAGGCCAUACUCAUUUUUACUGGUCUGAAGAGAAAUAUUAUAGUAUCAARCAAUUAAUCUUGAGGGAAGCGAGACAAGAUGGAAGCGAAAUAAUUGGAAAGGGAAGGCAUGUGUUUCCUUUCAGCUUUAAGAUACCCGACAGAAAAAUGCCAUCAUCUUUUCACUCAACUGUUGGCACAAUUGUUCAUAAGAUGAAGGCAGAGCUUAAACAGUCAAUGAAGCUGACAAAAAAAACUAAAGUUCCCUUCAUCUUUGUGUCCAAARCAGACAGGGAUAUGUCAGAACUUAUGGUUCCUCUGCAGGGGUCCAAGGAUAAAAGCAUUGCCUUUGGUUCUGGAAAUGUUUCAUUUGAUGCUCAUAUUAAGAAGAUUGGAUACAAACCUGGUGAACCCAUCAACAUCACAAUAAAGAUCAACAAUCGUUCAAAUCGUUCAGUGAAACCCAAAAUUGAGCUGUAUGAGAAGAGGAGCUUCUUUGCUCAGGGUCAUAGGAAACUUGAGACACAUAAGAUCUUGAAGGGAAAAGAUGAUGCUGUGGAUUCAUCCUCUGGCAAAAAGACUGUGAAAAAAGUGAUCACGGUCCCAGGAGGAUUGCCCCCGUCCAUUUUGAACUGUUCCAUCAUAAAGCUGGAGUACAGGCUCAGGGUUUAUCUGGAUAUUAAAUUUGCAGCAGACCCACACGUCAAAUUCCCUAUCGUCAUCCUACCUGAGCAGACAUCUGAAAGACAUUUACCUCCUUCUGGUAACUUUGGAUUUGAAACUCUUGGAAAUCCAAAUCAUCCAACUUGGAGCACCACACCACAAGAUAUGGAUCUGCCUCCUUCUUAUGAAGAAUCUGCAAUGUGCCCUCCAUGUCCUUCUGCACAGUUUAGGACUACACUGUGAAUUUCUGCAUCAGAAGGGAAUAUCGGACUCGCUACAUGGAAACCUGUAAACUGUCAUAUUUUUAAUCCUCAACAAAAUCUAUGUGGUGAUCAGAAGCUGGACUAGUAUAAAAACUUGACAAUCAACUGUGUGUUUGGAACAUCAAGGAUACAAUCAGCCAUCAACCACCUUGUUUUCACAGCAAGCAAAUACAUUGCAUCUGAAAGUUCACAAUUCAGACUUUGAUGUUAUUUUCGUUUUCUGUAUACACCUUUGACCUCAGGUCUAAAUGACCCGGCUUCACUAAACCCCCAAUAUAAAUAGCUUAACUGAAUUUUAAUUCUAAAAAUUCAUUUUUUUUCCUUAAAGGACAACUUGCCAUUCACCACAAAUUGAGUGAAUGCCUGAAUUUUUCUUUUCACAUGACAGAAAGACAGCAUUUAUUCAGGCAAUACGACUUGUUUCUAUAACAUUGUUGUAUUUUUUUUUUUUGUAUAGGGAGUUAUUUUGUGUGGAGGGUGAGCAAUAUUUGCAUAUCGUCGAAGUAGAAGAAAUAUGGAUUGUAUUCUUCCCCAACUUGYUCUUCUGAAUCAGAGUUGUCUUGCUAAUCAUUUAAAAAAUCUUUUCUAGAACCUGUUCAGCAGUGAAAUGCACUCUCAUAGCUGCACCAGAGAAGAUAGUGUCAUCUGCAGCACCGCUCUGAACUACCUCAAAGACAAUAUUGUUACAUUUAGAUCACAAGAAUCUAUAGGUUUCCACACUGCUUUCCUGCUUUUUCUGUCCUCUGUAGGAUGUCAAAAAUAUACACAGACCAGGUGGCAAUUUUGUUAUAUUUUGAUCACAAGAACUUGUACUUUCUCGCACUGCUUUCCCAUUCUUUUUGUCCUCUGUAGAAUGGAAAAAAGGCACUUACACUGGCAGUGGCAAUAUUGUUAGAAUUUSAUCAAGAGUUUCUAUAUGUUCCCGCAAUUCUAGUCACCCUCAUAGUUUUACACCUUGAGUCCCAAAUCCAAGCAAUGURCAGGCAGAACAUUCUGUCUUGUYUUGUUUUGUUUUUGUUACUGAUAARUCUUAGAUAGAACUAAGGUAUUUUCACAUCUUCUGAUAUGUAAUCGACYCUGUGAUUGGGAUUUCAAUGCAAAAUGACUUUCAGGUCAAAAUGACCCAAACACAAUACUUGUAACUUUUUUGUACAACUCAUCAAGUUUCAAGUUGAAAAAAUAUAAUCGAUUUUUUUCUUYUGUUUUUAAACUCUGUUUUGGAUCAUUUUGACCCGAAGACAACAGGAAGGUUGAAGUCUUGUUUGCAGUCUAAUAUGUUUUGGUAAACAAAUGUUUGUAGUACAGUGGGCCAAGACUGAUGUAAGUAACAAAGUGCUGGUGCCUAAGGAAUCAGACUUUCAUUUUCUGUGAGUAAUAUGGCUUCAAUAGAGUUGGGUGUUCUCCAACUGGCCUACCACAUCCACAGGGAGGCGCAGAGAUGGACUGUAAUGUGAACCGGGUGUCAGUCAAAGGCAGUCUGGUCCACAGCUGCUGAAACCAGUGCUACAGGAUGUUGCACAAUCACAGGCUGGAGUGAGCUGCGCUUUUCUAGGAUCAGUGAAUAAGAUGAGUAAGGUGAAUAUGUUGGUUCUGGAUAAMUUCGCCACAGAACCAUAUAGGAGACAAAACACACUGUUCAGAUUCAUUUUAGAUGGACAUCAGUUUUUUUGAACUGGGACUGGAUUCUGUCAUCAGUGCUGUAUGUGAGUGUGCAAAUAUUCUGCAUGGCUCUGAUUUAAAAAGAAAGUAGCUAACAUAUGCAGUGCUUUUUUUGCUUUACUUUCUUUUCAUCAAAAGUAACUUUAUAAAUGUAAUAUAUUUAAAUCACUGUAUUGAACACAGUUAUGUAUAGGAGUUUGAAGUGAUUAAUAGUGAUUUUGCAUUGCUUUAAAUGGUGUUCACUGAAAAUAAAAAUAACUUGCGUACAUGUA